AUGAUUUUACCUAUUUUAAUUUGUCUACUCACAUCAUCUAGAGCAUCUCUUAUCGGUUCAAAAUGCCUAUUUUUGUGUGCAAUUAUUGGAUAUAGAGGCUGGUCUGUGCACGGAGUGACCCCUUCGUGCCUACUUAAACAACAUUACGCCUUCCUUCCCAGAUCUUCCAAGCAGCCUGAGAAAAAGUACGCUGAAGAGAAUACAAAUUAUAGAGUUCGCAACAUAAAGAGGAAUAUAUACAAUGUUAAGGCCCCGUUCGAUAAGGAGCACGCCAUCGAGUACUUUUCCAGUUGUCUUAAGGCAAGUUGUAAGACGUUUGAGCCUAGUGAAAUCCCAGAGGGGGAGAUUUUAACACUCACGAAGCAGGUUGCAACGCUCGGACCCGCGACGAACAACGCAGAGGCCAUAAAGUCCUUGGUGGACGCAGGCGUGGAUGUGUUCAGACUAAACUUCUCCCACGACUCGAGGCUUUCGAAGUAUAUGAUCGCCAAGACCAUAAGGCAGCUGGAACUGACAGAAGCGCCAGCCAACUACCCGUACAGGGAGAAUUUCGUAGUUGAGCACAAGUCGAUACUAGGUGACAUACAGGGGCCAAAGCUUAGAAUCGGAAAGUUUAUGCCGAAUUUGGAUGUUUCAGGGAUGUUCCCGGGGAACAAGGGCUGCGAGUUUGUGGAGCUUAAGGAGGGGGACCUGUUUACGUUUGACCCGUACGAUAUACUCGGCACGAAGACGAGGGUGCAACUGGACUACCCGGAGAUUUUGAAACAGCUGAAGGUGGGUGACAAGAUCCUGCUGGACGACGGGAAUUUGUCAAUGAAGGUGGUUUCCACGAACCCGGAGGUGCCCUCAGUCACCGCGGUGGUGAGGAACGACUACAAACUGUUCAGCAGAAAGGGCUUUUCAGUCCCAAACGUGGUGCUCCCGGUCGAGUUUCUGGACGAGAAGGACGUGAAGGACGCGAUCUUCUGCCUGGCGAUCGGCGUGGAUUUUUUGGGAGUCAGCUUUGUGCAGAACAAGUCGGACAUUCUGUACCUAAUUAACAUCUUGAACGACUUCUACAAGUCAGAGUACUACAAUCAGCUCCUGGAGAGGCUGGACAACCUGGACGUGGAGACCUUCGAGGCGAACAGGGAGGACACGCUGGUGGAGGACAUUCUGAACAGGUACUACCACGAGUCGUUUUUACCCAAAAAGGACAUGUUUAAGAAGCUGCUCCCGACGGAAAACGCAACUGGAUUGGCGAUCAUCCCGAAGAUUGAAAAGCAGGCUGCCCUGGACGAUAUACAUGAGAUUCUGAAGGUCUCGGACGGACUGAUGGUCGCGAGGGGCGACCUCGGGAUCGAGACUGACCUGGCUAACCUGCCGAUCGUGCAAAAGAGGCUCAUCCAGCUCUGUAGAGUAGUUUACCGCAAGCCCUGCAUCGUCGCGACGCAGAUGCUGGAGACCAUGAGGUCGUCGCCCAUGCCGACCAGGGCCGAGGUUUCGGACGUAUCAAAUGCAGUUUUCGACGGCGCAGACGCCGUCAUGCUCUCAGCCGAGUCCGCCACCGGCGAGUACCCCAAGGACACCGUGAAGAUCCAGAGGCGGAUCCUCUUCACCACCGAGCGCGACCCCUACUUCCCAACAAUGCAGAUUAUCAAGGAGAUGUUGAUUGACGAGAAUUUGAUCUCUUCCAUCAAGGCCCAGAGGCCGCACCUGUACCAGAAGAUGGACAACUUGCUUAAAAUCGAUAUUCACCACUACAACGAGUUCCUCAACUCGAAGUUGCACAUGAAGGAGGCUCUCGACAGGAUCGCCGACGCCUUUUCCAAGAACGACGUCGACGCCAUCGUGGUAGCCUGCGACGACGGCCUUGAGCUUUUGCAGUGGGUUUCCAGCCAGAGGUACGUGGUUCCCAUCGUCCUCCUCACGCGGAACCCCGCUCUUUCGCGGCAGUCGCAGCUGACUUGGGGCGUCAAGUCGCACUUCCUUCCCGAGGGCGUGAACCCUGAGGACUACUUCCGGUUCAUUGUCAAGCAUUACCCUCCGAACAUUCACGACGUGCUGUUUUUAAAGGCCAGGGGCAACCAGGUUCAAUCGUUUGAAAUGAUCCAUGUGUAA